AUGGCAUGGGCAGUAGAGCUGUCUCAGUAUGACUUGCAGUACGAACCCAAGCAGGCAAUUAAAGCCCAAGCAAUGGCUGACUUACUAGUAGAAGUCACGGGGGAAACAGCUGACAUACCAAGCACACGGUGGAAGCUCUACAUUGACGGAGCAUCCAACCAAAUGUUUGGAGAGUACGAAGCACUGAUAAGAGGACUAAUCCUAGCCAGAGAAGUUGGAGCAUCAAGGGUAGAAGUUAGCAGCGACUCCCAGGUCGUCACCUCCCAGGUAAAUGGCAGCUACCAGGCCAGGGACACACUACUACAAAAAUACCUAGAGAAGGUAAAAGAGCUAUGCAAAAGCUUUAAGGAAGUCGUGAUCCAGCAUGUCCCUAGAGAAAGAAAUGCCCGAGCAGACCUCCUCUCCAAGCUUGCGAGCACCAAACCCGGAACGGGAAACAGGUCUCUAAUACAAGGGCUGGCAACUGAACCAGCAAUCAUCUUGUGCACAACCCAAAUGCCAAGCCCCCACUCAUGGAUGGACCUUAUCCUCCGAUACUUGGAACACGGUGAAGCCCCCGAGAACGAGAAAGAAGCACAAGCCACCAAGAGAGAAGCUCCCAAAUAUGUGAUCAUACAAGGGCAGUUAUACAAGCGAGGGCUCCACCAACCCCUACUCAAGUGCCUACGCCCCGACCAAAUGGACUACGUCCUAAGCGAAGUCCGUGAGGGGUGUUGUGGCCACCAUAUCGGGGGAAGGUCGUUAGCAAGAAAGAUUGUCUGGGCAGGAUACUAUUGGCCUACAAUAAUGUCGGAUGCUCAGGAGUUCGUCAAAAAAUGCAAAAAAUGCCAAGAAAACGCCAACUUCCAUAAAGCCCCACCCGAAGAACUCAGUUUGAUGAUGUCUCCACAACCUUUCGCCCAAUGGGGAGUCGACCUCUUAGGGCCAUUCCUACCUGGGCCAGGACAAGUGAAAUACUUAAUAGUAGCCAUAGACUACUAUACCAAAUGGGUGGAAGCUGAACCACUAGCCAGCAUAUCUUCAUUCACCGACAAGAAGUUCAAAGAAUUCCUCUCAGGACUAGGAAUCAAGCAAAAGUUUUUCUCAGUCGAGCAUCCCCAGAGCAACGGCCAGGUAGAAGCAGCCAUCAAAGUUAUCUUAAAAGGGCUAAAGAAACGACUUGAAGGGAAGAAGGGCUCAUGGGCAGACGAGCUAGCCUCAGUCUUAUGGUCUUACAGAACCUCCCCCCCAAUCAUCUACCGACGAAACCCCCUUCCGACUCACAUACGGGGUCGACGCAAUCAUCCCAUUCAAAAUAGGGGAGCCGAGUCCAAGGUUACUCCUUGGAGGAGGAGACGAGGCAAUCGAGAAGGACCUGGUUGA